AUGUCUGUGGUCAAAAUCCUGUUCUGUUUGCUGUUAACGUAUCAUCUCAAUGAGGGGAAGAAAAUCAAAGGAAACAAAGCAGUGGACGGAGAGCAGAGGGUAGUCCUGAGGCUGAACCAGCCGUACGUCAGCAGUUCAGUCUUCAGGAUGUUUUUAGAAGGUGAGGACAACUGCACACUGGAUCCUCUGCAGCUGCACACGCUCACCUCCUGUGGCUUCAACAGCAGUAAUCCCAUCAUCAUCAUCACUCACGGGUGGUCGUUGGAUGGUAUGAUGGAGAGCUGGGUGCUCAGGUUAGCCACAACCCUGAAGACAAAUCUAAUAGACGUCAACGUGGUGAUUACCGACUGGUUGUCCCUGGCUAACACGCACUACCCCACAGCUGCACAGAGCACUCGCACUAUUGGAAAAGACAUAGCUCACCUGCUGCAGGCACUUCAGGUACACUACCAGUACCCAGUUAGAAAGGUUCAUUUGAUUGGCUACAGCCUUGGGGCUCACAUCUGUGGAUUUGCUGGAAGCUAUCUGGAAGGUUCAGAGAAGAUUGGAAGAAUUACAGGUCUCGAUCCAGCGGGACCACUUUUUGAAGGCAUGUCUCCUACAGACAGACUGUCUCCUGACGAUGCUGAAUUUGUGGAUGCUAUCCACACCUUCACCCAGAAACAUUUGGGCCUCAGUCUGGGCAUCAAGCAGGCUGUGGCACAUUAUGACUUUUACCCCAACGGAGGGGACUUCCAACCUGGAUGUGAUCUGCAUAGUAUUUACGACCACAUAUCCCAGUACGGGCUCCUCGGUUUCGAGCAGACAGUGAAAUGUGCUCAUGAGCGGUCCGUCCAUCUAUUCAUCGACUCGGUGCUGAAUAAAGACAAGCAGAGCAUGGCUUACAGGUGCAGGGACAAAAGGGCCUUUGACAAAGGCGUCUGUCUGGACUGUCGGAAGCAUCGCUGCAACACACUGGGCUACGAUAUCCAGAAGGUCCGUAGUGGCUCCGGCAAGAGGCUCUUCCUGAACACACGCUCGCACAUGCCUUACAAACUCUAUCAUUACCAGUUUAGGAUCCAGUUUGUCAACCAGAUGGAGGGGAUCGAGCCCUCUCUUACCAUCUCUCUCACUGGAACAAAGGAGGAGAGUGGGGACAUCCCCAUCAUUGUCACUGAAACGAUUUCAGGGAAUAAGACUCACACCUUCCUGAUCACCCUGGACAGAGACUUAGGGGAUCUGAUGUUGCUUAAAUUGCACUGGGAAGGAUCGGUUCUGUGGAAGAACAUGUGGAACCGGUUGCAGAACUUUAUUCCCUGGGGCGGCCGGGAGAGGAAGCCACUGCUGACUCUGGGCAAGAUCAGCGUCAAAGCAGGCGAGACGCAGGAGAGGACAUCUUUCUGUGCCUUGACAAAUGAUGGACAACGUGUUGAAGUGUCGCAAGAUGAAGUGUUUGUGCGCUGUAAAGAUGACACACCAAAGCAGCACAGGAGAAAGCACAACUAG